AUGGAUCCGGAAUUCGAGCUCGAUGGUAUUGGACCAUCAGAAACUCUGAUGAUGUUGGCCGGAAACAUUCAACCUCAUAAUGGCCACGAAGAAAAUUCUGCAUGGAUGGACGAUCAAUCAUUUUUUGACUUUAAUGAUCCAGCAUUUUUUGAAAAGAACUUCGACAGCACGGACCCAGACAAGUUUACUGAUGACCUUCUCGACAAACUUGACGCAAUGGGUGAAGACAAUUUUGGAUUAAUGGAUGAUAACAACUCGGACUCGAUGAAUGAGCACUGCUACAGUUUAUCACCACCAGACUCUGGAUCUCUUCCAAUCUCUCCAGCAAGCACAUCUCCCUCAUCUUAUCAUUCUUCCGGCGGUGAAGAUAAUAUGGAUAACUACUCGCAACUUGACAUCCUUCAACGGGCUGAAAACGAAAUUUUCGAGGUUAAAGAGGAAGACUACGAAAUUUGCAGUAGUGGACCACUGAUUGCAUACACAAAUACCAGUAAUGCCUCAGUGAAUACUCAGCAUUACCAACAGCAAAAGAGACCGAAUCAAGCGAGCUAUCAACCACAUCAAAACUCAAAUGGGCUUGUUCGAUUCAAGCCUGGUCAACAACGAGUGCUCAAUCCAGCUAGUAUGUCUCUCAACGCAUCCUCCUCAUCGUACAUUCCAUCUACACCGUCGUCAACGUCAUUAUCGUCUGGAUUCGUAAAACCAUCAACAGGUCGCAAAUAUCCACAGCUGACACUGACAGAAGAAGAGAAACGAUUGUGCAAGAAGGAGGGAAUCUUGUUACCAGAAUCCUAUCCACUCACGAAAGCCGAAGAACGAGACCUGAAACGUAUUCGCAGGAAGAUUCGAAACAAGCGCAGUGCACAGACAAGCCGCAAAAGGAAACAGGACUACAUUGAACAACUUGAAGACCGAGUAUCGGAAUCGACAAAAGAAAAUCAAGCACUGAAACAACAAAUCCAACAACUAACCAGUGAAAAACAAUCAGCGCUCUCUCAGAUCAAGAAGCUCCAGGCACAACUAUAUCAAUGCACAAAGAGAAGCACUCAGGCUGGAACAUGUUUGGCUGUUAUUAUGCUUUCGGCGUGCCUUCUUGUUGCACCACAACUCAAUCCAUUGGCACACCAAGAUGCUCAAAACGCCAUCGAAUGCAUUGAUGAGGCUUGUCAGCCAACAGUUACAUCUCCGAAUUCUCCAAAUUCGGAACAACAAACUGUUGUCGCCGUUCCAUCGGCCGUUGUUCCAUCUGCUGGACCAGUUAUGGUCCCAUCGAACGUCAACCGACAAAUGACUAGAAACUCCGUGACAAACCACAAUCACAAUAGCAGCAACCAUAACAAAUAUCAAUCUUCUGGGAACCUGAGCCACUACCACAUAGCACUGGAUAAUUCGAAUCAUCCUCCGCCAACGUUACAACCACAGCAACACUAUCAACAACAACAUCCACCUUCGAUGUAUCGUCGUAGCGACGAGACGAUAUCGAUGGCGAUGGCCAAGAUCGGAGGGCGUAAGCCUUCUUCGACCUCGUCGUCAUCGGCUUCGUCAGUCUCGUCGUCGACGUCUUCAUCGUCGGCAACGUCGCCCAUCUACCGUACUUCUCGUACGCUAGGAGCUUUUGAAGACCAAUGUGAUGCUGCCUCGGAUAACACAAAUUGUGCCAAUAUGCCACCAUUGGUUCCAAUGAAGAUGGCUGGGCAGCCGUUGAAGAGAAAGAUUGUCACGAUGUCGGCUCAACCAAGAGUCGCCUACAGAGCGGUUCCAGCCUCUGUUGUGAACAAUGGACAGUCUCAAUUUUACAAAACGCAACAGCCACAACAGCCGAAAAUGCAAUUUGUGACUAUGGAUAGGCCAAUCAAGUAUGAAGUGCUAAGCGACUACGUCAAAGUCGAAGACGAAACUUCUUCUCUUCGUCUUCCAAGCUCGUGGUCCACAUCUGCUCCACGUCUUCAACCCCAAGUCAAUGUUUCUACUUCCCGUAACAUGCGUCCUCUGACCGUUGCUACUCCAAUUCAUCAUUUCCAACCAACACCAGCAAAGAAAGUCAAGACCCAAAUGUUUUAA